AGAGAGAUCACUUUGGGAGAAGCAGAGUUUCUGUUUUCCUCUGAUGCUUGUUUGUGUUCCUAUGCAUACGUAAUUACCGGUGAUUAGCACUGUCUGCCGAGUAAUAGCUCCUUAUAACCUCACGGACGGUCUCAUUGAGCGCUCAGCUCUGUCCACGGAGAGGAGAGAGGGGACGGGAAGCGGCUGCUAGACUAGUGGAAGACGAGAUCAGGAAAGCACAGGAGCUGAAGGCAGCCGAGGGGUUCCACUGCAAAUGCUGGAAUGGACAAAAAGCUGUGGGUUACCAACAGUCGUGUGCUUUUUUGCUUAAAACUUUUUGUUUUCAUUUUAUCUGGCACUUAUGGAUAACUUUCUUCCAGCCACUUUGACGGAGUUUUCUAACACAGCAGUGAAGCUACUUCAGAACGGGAUAUGUACAGCAGCCUGCUGUCUUUACACAAUACCUAUGGUCUGAUCCCAGAAUGUUGAUAUUUUAUAUCUAGCGCAGUCUUUGGAAGUAUGAAAUACGUAGGGAUGAAGCUGGUGUAAUCUUAUCCGUUCAGUCAUCACUAAAAAUGGCCAGUGUUGAGGCUUUGGCACACGGCUCCCGCAGGUUGGUGUGGCCUGUCGGUUGUGUGUUUUUGUUUUUGGGCUGCUUAUCGGUGGCAUCGUCCUCCCACAGCCGCAGGUUAAUCUGCUGGCAGGCCAUCAUGAACUGUCAGACCGAGCCCGAGUGCCAUUACGCAUAUGGGCAGUACAUGCAGGCGUGUGCUGCUGUUCUGAGAGGGGACAGGAAGAGGUGUCCGAGUCACUGCAUCUCCUCUCUGGUGCAGCUCAACCUGACGAACAACGGGCCUGCGCUUGAGGACUGCAGCUGUGCUUCGGACCCCAUCUGCCGGAACACCAAGCGGGCCAUCGAGCCGUGCCUCCCCAGGACUAGCAACAUGGGUUGCACCGAGGCCCGGAUGCAGUGUGAGAGAGACCAGCAGUGCAGCUCCGCCAUGCGAGACUAUUUAAUCUCCUGCGUGAAGCUUUUCAGCGGGGCAACCUGCACGAAUGCUUGUCGGAAUGUGAUUGCAGAUAUGCGCAAAAUACCCAAAGCGGAGCGGCUGGAUUCGUGCGUGUGCGACGGGACCGAGAGGACCAUCUGCGAGUAUGUCAAGAUUAGCAUGAAGAACUUGUGCUUCGAAGCUCCUGCGACGGUGGAGGACGGCAGCGGUUCAGAGGACUACGAUGAAGAUGAUGGGGACUUCCCGGUGUCAGAACCGGAGUUCGUGGGGAGGAGCACCGGCUCAGGUGGUUCUGCUGCGGGAAGCUCUGGUGUUGUGACCACGGUGACUGCAUCUGUCCUGAUUCUACUGGCGUCUCUCCUGUAAACUCUCCUCAAAGUAAAACGUAUAUAUAUAUCAGACUGUUCGGACAGAUAAACACAUUGAUGGCCUUACAAACUCAGACUGUUGUUCAGAUAAAGAUGAAACGCUUGCCUUUCCAAACGGAUGCCAGUCAGUCUGGCCAAUGCUAUUGAAGGAAGAAGCUCCUACUCCAAAGAACAUCAGAUGCAAUUUUUUUGUUGCAUGACCAAAUUAUUAUUAUUUUUUUUUUUACAAAUAUAACUUUUUUUUGUACUGAAAGAUAUCGAAUCAAGUUAGUAUUUUCUAUGCAAAUAUUAUAUUCACUAACAUUAUGGAACAUUGUGGUUUCACUGGUGUGAAGAAAAAUGACCUUCUUUAUUUAAAAAAACAAUCAGAAAUGGAGACAUGGACACCUGAACACCAGGUCUACUGUAGUCCGUGUUUAUACUACAUGUAACACCAGGUCUACUGUAGUCCGUGUUUAUACUACAUGUAACACCAGGUCUACUGUAGUCCGUGUUUAUACUACAUGUAACACCAGGUCUACUGUAGUCCGUGUUUAUACUACAUGUAACACCAGGUCUACUGUAGUCCGUGUUAAUACUACAUGUAACACCAGGCCUUCAUGUCAACAGAUGCGGUUCUAUUUUUGUUACACAGAGAUUAAACAAUGCAAGGUUUUUAUAAAAAAACAGUUGACUGUCUAUAUUUUAAUAUUUUAACGUGAUAUCAUUGAUAUUGGGUGACUGAUGGCAUCUCUAUGUAUUUAAUGCAACUAUAUGGUGGACUUGUACAUACUGUAUAUUGGUAAAUAAAUGCGGUUUAAAGUAAUUUAUUAAUCCCACAUCCCGCUUGGGGACAGACGUCAAUUCAACGUCUUUUCCACGUUGGUUCAAUGUAAUGUAAUGCUGUUGCAACAAUGUUGAUUCAACCAGUGUGAGUCAACGUCACGUCCCAAACUUUCAAUAUAAAUAUUGAAUAAAUAUGAUUCCUGUCAAAAAACAUGAGGAAAAAGUUCAAGGUUUAAAGGAUGUCAGUUCUGUGUUGUGUGGAUUGUCUCUUUUAAGACACCUGAAAUAGUGUAUUAAAGCCUUUCAAUCCAGAGAA